GCCCCGCCGGCCGAGGUACCGGCCCCGAGCCGAGCCGAGCCCUGAUUGGGCGGCCGCCGGGCCCGGUCACGUGGCGGGGGGUGGUGGGGGGGGCGCGCUCCCCACAGCCUCCCGGCCGCCAUUUUGGCUGGAAAGUUUGGAAUUUCCGAGCGGCACGAGCGGGAGGCGGCGGGCGGCGCGAGAGCACCAGCCUUGCCCGCCUUGGCCCGGGCCCCGUCGCGCCGCUCCGCUCCGCUCGGCCCCGCUCGGCUCGGCACGGCACAGUGCGGCUUGGCUUGUCCCGUCUCUCGCGGAGGCGCCGCGGCGGGCGCUGGUGGGAGCUGCCGAGGGGAGCCGCUUGCUCGCCGGCCGACCGGCGGGUGUGCGGGUCGGUCGGUGGGGUCGGUGAGGCGGGGCGCCCGUCCCCCCCGCUCCCCCCGCGCCCGGCCGGCUGGGGGACCCGCGCCGCCGCCCCCGCCGCGCCGCCCCGAGUUGGGCUCAAAGUUUGUGAGGCGGAGCCCCGGCCGCCGGGGGAGCGCCAUGCCCGUCAGGAAGCAAGAUACCCAGCGAGCCCUGCGCCUCCUGGAGGAGUACCGCUCCAAGCUGAGCCAGGCGGAGGACCGGCAGCUGCGGAACUCCAUAGAGCGUGUUAUCAGCAUCUUCCAAAGUAACCUCUUCCAGGCUUUGAUAGAUAUUCAAGAAUUUUAUGAAGUGACCUUAUUGGACAAUCCAAAAUGCAUUGAUCACUCUCAGCCAUCUGAACCAAUACAGCCUGUGAAUACCUGGGACUUCUCCAGCCUUCCAAGCACAACAGUGACAUCAGAAACACUGCCAAGCAGCCUUAGCCCAAGCGUAGAGAAAUAUCGCUACCAGGAUGAAGAUACACCUCCACAGGAGCACAGCUCUCCACACAUUACCAAUGAGGUGACGGGUCCAGAGCUGGUUCAUGUAUCGGAGAAGAAUCUGUCACAGAUUGAGAAUGUCCAUGGCUUUGUUUCCCAUUCUCAUAUUUCACCAGUAAAGCCCACAGAAGCUGUUCCUUCCUCUCCUCCCAUUGUCCCUGUGAUCCCUGUCCCACCAGUCCCUGCUGAGACCACUGUCAUCCCAUCCACCAUACCACAGUGUCCAGGUGUACCUUUGGAAUGCCGGGCACAAAGCUCUUCUCCCUCCUGCUUGGAAAUGAUGGCAAAUCCCCCUCCGGUGCUGGUGAAUACAGAUUCUUUGGAGACUCCAACAUAUGUCAAUGGCACGGAUGCAGACUAUGAGUAUGAAGAAAUUACUCUUGAAAGGGGAAAUUCAGGACUUGGCUUUAGCAUUGCAGGUGGUACAGACAACCCACAUAUUGGGGAUGAUUCAAGUAUUUUCAUUACAAAAAUUAUAGCUGGGGGUGCAGCUGCACAGGAUGGAAGAUUACGGGUUAACGAUUGUAUUCUACGAGUAAAUGAGGUGGAUGUUCGUGAUGUGACACAUAGCAAAGCAGUUGAAGCAUUGAAAGAAGCGGGAUCAAUUGUACGAUUGUACGUCAAAAGAAGAAAACCAGUCACAGAAAAAAUAGUGGAAAUCAAACUUGUAAAAGGCCCUAAAGGUCUUGGUUUCAGUAUUGCUGGUGGUGUAGGAAAUCAGCAUAUACCUGGGGACAACAGCAUCUAUGUAACCAAAAUCAUUGAAGGUGGAGCAGCACAUAAAGAUGGCAAACUUCAGAUUGGAGACAAACUUUUAGCUGUGAACAGUGUUUGCUUAGAAGAAGUUACUCAUGAAGAAGCAGUGACUGCCUUAAAAAACACAUCUGACUUUGUUUAUCUGAAAGUUGCAAAACCCACCAGCAUGUUCAUGAAUGACAGUUAUGCCCCUCCUGACAUCACAAACUCAUAUUCUCAGCCAGUGGAUAACCAUAUCACUCCAUCUGCCUACCUGGGACAGUCCCUGCCCCCAGCAUCACCAGGGCGAUAUUCACCAAUUCCCAAGGGAAUGCUUGGAGAUGAUGAGAUAACCAGAGAGCCUAGAAAGGUUGUCCUACAUCGAGGAUCAACAGGUCUUGGUUUCAACAUUGUUGGAGGAGAAGAUGGAGAAGGAAUUUUCAUCUCUUUCAUCCUUGCAGGAGGACCUGCUGACCUGAGUGGAGAGCUUAGGAAAGGAGAUCGUAUAAUUUCUGUAAAUGGAGUAGAUCUAAAAGCAGCAACCCAUGAACAGGCAGCAGCAGCCCUGAAGAACGCAGGCCAAGCAGUAACUAUUGUAGCUCAGUACCGUCCAGAAGAAUACAGUCGUUUUGAAGCUAAAAUACAUGAUUUACGGGAACAGAUGAUGAACAGUAGCAUUAGUUCAGGAUCAGGAUCUUUGCGAACCAGCCAGAAGAGAUCCUUAUAUGUCAGAGCUCUUUUUGAUUACGACAAGACUAAAGAUAGUGGCCUUCCAAGUCAAGGACUGAACUUCAAAUUUGGUGAUAUUCUCCAUGUCAUUAAUGCUUCUGAUGAUGAAUGGUGGCAAGCACGACAGGUAACUCCGGAUGGAGAAAGUGAUGAAAUUGGAGUUAUCCCAAGCAAACGCAGAGUUGAGAAAAAAGAACGAGCCCGUUUAAAGACAGUGAAAUUCAAUGCCAAAACAAGAGGAGAUAAAGGGCAGUCAUUCAAUGACAAGCGUAAAAAGAACCUCUUUUCCCGAAAAUUUCCCUUCUACAAGAACAAGGACCAGAGUGAGCAGGAAACCAGUGAUAUUGACCAGCAUGUAACCUCUAAUGCCAGCGAUAGUGAAAGUAGUUACCGUGGCCAAGAGGAAUAUGUCUUGUCAUAUGAACCAGUCAAUCAACAAGAAGUCAGUUACACUCGACCUGUGAUUGUUUUGGGACCCAUGAAAGACAGAAUAAAUGAUGAUCUAAUCUCAGAAUUUCCAGACAAAUUUGGCUCAUGUGUUCCACAUACUACUAGACCAAAACGAGAUUAUGAGGUGGAUGGACGUGAUUACCAUUUUGUCACUUCUCGAGAGCAAAUGGAGAAGGAUAUUCAGGAUCACAAAUUCAUUGAAGCUGGCCAAUACAAUAAUCAUCUUUAUGGAACAAGUGUCCAGUCAGUGCGAGAAGUAGCAGAAAAGGGUAAACACUGCAUUCUUGAUGUUUCUGGUAAUGCGAUAAAAAGGUUGCAGAUUGCCCAGCUGUAUCCAAUCUCCAUUUUUAUUAAACCCAAAACAGUGGAAAAUAUCAUGGAAAUGAAUAAACGCUUAACGGAAGAGCAAGCCAGGAAGACAUUUGAGAGGGCCAUGAAACUGGAGCAAGAAUUUACUGAACACUUCACAGCUAUUGUCCAAGGAGACACGCUGGAAGAAAUCUACAACCAAGUGAAACAGAUCAUAGAGGAACAGUCUGGGCCUUACAUCUGGGUUCCAGCAAAGGAAAAAUUAUGAAAACAGAUUUUUAUUUUUCAUUUUCUAACUGACAUCACCUACUACAUCUGACGACUCUUAAGCCCUUCCAGUGGAGCCUGCCUCUAGUUCUUUCCAGCGUGGUUCAUACCCUAACCAUCACAUUCUGCAGUUCCCAUAAUGCUUUAUAUUUGGUGUCUCUCUUAGUUUAAAUAAUUUGUAUUAUUGUGUGUUGUUGGUUUGCCAUUUUUCAAACAUGACAAUGGAAUGGCCUGACCAGCUAUUAGUUUGGGGUGGGGGUGGGAGGGAAUUGCUUGGUAAAAUUCCUUAAUGUUUAAGGGAAAGUAACUUUCAAAGAUUUUUCAAAAAAGCUUUAUAGACGUUCUUUUAAAAUUUCAUAACAAUUGAAAGAAAAGUUGUAUUCAAGGAAGUUGUAAAUCAUGAGUAACUUUGCACGCUUAACUUUAAUAACAUGGUUUGGUCAGGGCAAUCAAUUUCAGGUCUUAUUUUCUGCGUUAAAUUUUAUUCUCACAGGUUUUUUUGUUGUUGUGGUUGUGGUUUUUUUGUUUUUCUUUCUUUCUUUCCAGGCAGUUAGAGAGAAACUUUCAGAUUUUGAGUUAACAUUUUCAUUAACUCCCAUUACUACUCCUCAAGGGAUAUUCAUCUUCAUAAUUUCAUAUGGGUAUUCUUAUAAUCUAUUUUUUCAUUUUUUGCCAAUAAAAUUGCUAGGGACAAAGAUGUGUAAUGUUUUUAAUCUUCCUCAUGAAACACUAUUUAUAGUGUCUUACAGAAAUUGUUUAUAGAUAAUGGUCAUCACACUUUUUGAGCCUAAAAUAAGUUUAGGUGCUAGGAAACCUUGUAUUUUUCUGAGGAAUGCCAGAUUUCCAUUGGCAGUAAUACAGAAAACAGCUGCAGAGAUGGUCAUUAGGGUAAUGAGAGAAUGAUUCAUAGCCUAAAAAUGUGUGUGUUCUUAGGGGUCAGAUUUUAAUGAGUAUUUUACCCACAAUAACUGCCUAUUUUGUUAUAAUAAAUAUAUAUAUAUUAAACUUUCUUUAACUAAACUCUGUAACUAUGGGAAUUAUUUUCUUUACAUAGUUGCGCACACGUAUAAAUAUAUAUAUAUAAAAUAUAUAUUUUUCUUUUACCACCUACUCCUAGCUUUUUGUUUUAAAUAAAAAUACAAAUUAGAAUUUACCUUCCUUAAUCAUGAGAAAUCAAAUGGGCUAUGGUGGCUGGGCAUAAAGCCCAGGGAAUAUUAGUUACAAGAAAAAAAUACAUGCAAGUUCUCCUCUUUUCUACAGAGUUUCAGGUGUUUGUCCUUCCCCACCAGCCCCUUGUAAUAUGCAUGUCUUAACCAAAGGGAGAAUUCAGAGUCAAGAAUGCAUUUUAUUUUUCUGUACAUGUUCAUUUCAGAUUGCGUAGGCACAAGAUCUUCCAUUUGCAAUGCACAAACUUGUGUGCUGAAUGUUAUAAAUACGUUGUACCAAAACAUGGAACUACCUUCAGUAAUGAAAUUCUCUAAUUCCGGUAUUAUUUGGUACCUGCCAUUGCUUGUUUUAAAACUUGAUUGUUUAUAAGAGGGGUGUACUUAACGACAGUCACGGGGCAGUUACACGACCAAAUUAGCUUUGGUUUGUAAAGAAUUAUCAACACUAUCCAUUCCAUUUGUUAGAAAGAGGAGAACAGCUAAUAAACUUUAUUGUACAAUA